UAAACGAAGACUUAGCUUGACAACAGCUGAUUCUAUUAAAUUAAUUUGUAAUAUUAGUGGUGAGAUUUAGGCGAAGUAAUUAUUUACAGCAUAAGUUGAAAGGAUGGUUGACCAUAGUGGCGAUGAUAUAAAAAAGGAGCACAUGCGACUCGCAACGAUAAUAAAGGAAUGCCACGAAAAUUUGAGAUCUCAAUCCAAAGUGAAGGGGAUGAACGAAGCGUGGAAUGAACAUUUGCAGAACACUACUCUAUUGCAACAAUACUCGACAGCUAUGCACCGUUUAUCAUCUAUAUGGGAAUCAAAUACCACAAAUCCGAACUUAUUUGCACGUAGUCGAGUGAAAUGGAUAACUGAUUAUUGCAAAUCAUAUUUUUUUACUAAAGAAACAUUUCUCGAGAAACGCAACCGUGAAACACGAUUGGCGAUGUCCUACACUGACAUUCAAACCAUAGACAUCAAUUACCCAAAACUAACUAUUCCAGAUUGUAUAAAUGUACUGGAUGUAGGCAGCUGUUUUAACCCAUUCUCCAAAGAGCAAAAUUUUAAUGUUACAGCAAUUGAUUUAUGCCCAGCCACAAGCGAUGUCUUAAAAGGUGAUUUCUUACAAAUAGUCAUAGAUAAAAGCGAGCAAGUUGUCACAGAAUUUGGAACAGUACAACGUUUACCUUGUGAACAUUUCGAUUGUGUCAUAUUUAGUCUUCUUUUAGAGUACAUACCUUCACCGGAAGAACGUCUACAUUGCUGUCGCAAAGCUCACGAGCUAUUGCGAUCGGAAGGCAUUCUUAUAAUUAUAACUCCCGACUCCCAACAUGUAGGUAAAAACGCAAAAUUAAUGAAAAACUGGCGAUAUGCAUUGGGCACUUUGGGUUUCUACCGAAUUUGUUUUGAGAAAUUGCCACAUAUCACUUGUAUGGUGUUUCGAAAAACACUUAAUCCUGCAGUGGCUCGUAUAUGGGCCGAUCUGCAUCGGGAGGAUUAUAUGACAACGACAAUAAAUAUACCACAAGAUGAUAUAAAAUAAAUGUACUAGCGUACACACUAUUUUAUUUUCGAAAUUUUGUUUAUACAGUACAUAAAUUAUACAAAGCUUAAUAAAAUUUGUAAACCUAAA